AUGACGCCUCAUGUCGGCGCUACCAUCCACUCUCUUCCAACAGAAAUGCUUCUAAACAUAUUCGCUCUUUAUCACCACUCUCUUGAAUCCCCCGUUUAUCACCUAACUGGAGUCUGCAAACGAUGGCACGAUAUAAUCGAGAGCGACUCCCAAUUCUGGAACUACAUCUAUGUCAACACGCUUUCACAAAGCUGCGUCGUGCACCUGGACCGCUGGCUUCGACUAUCGCGUUCUCGACCGAUCUGCGUCACUGUGGCUCUGAGCCAUCCUGACGAUUUGCCUCCCCCGCCCGGCGACCAUGUAGCAGCGGCAGUUGUUCUCUGUAUGACGUCGCUACAUAAUCACUUCCAUCGAUUGAGGACCUUCGGUGUCUUCUCCAGGCGCGAUGAGGGCAUCCUUGCGAUCAUGCGCUCCCUGUUGGACGCUCGUCUCCCUGUCCUUCGCGAGCUGUGGAUGUCGGACUUCUCCCGUUGGUACGAUGACCCAGGCGACAUCGAGUGGCUUGAUCGUCCGCGACUCCAGAUCUUGGACAGAAUGUCUCUCCCGCCCUUGUCCGUUGUGCGCAUGGACCAACGCUUUUCUCGCUAUGGGAUCGCGCCGAUGCAUGCACUCACUGCUCUGCACCUGGGAGUUCCUGGAGGGAUUCGCGUCGAGGAAGCUCUACAGAUGGUUCGCUUCGCUACCCAGCAGUCACCAAAUGUUCGUUGCCUCAGCCUUGGAUUCACUGGUGUGAAGGAAUCCCUUGGAUCGCUUCGAGAACAGGAUGCGCAGUCUUUGGUCCUCAAUUCACUCUACUACCUUCAUGUCGAAUCUCCCCUAGAGAACGUCACCAGCGCCGUGCUCUGGACCAUCGAAGCACCGGCGCUGAAGGCAUUGCACGUUUCCCAGCUUAUCGACGUUGAGACAGAGCUACAAGACGUGGGUUGGACGCCGACGUUAAUUCAUUUGAGCCGAUGCCUCGACUCCAGCCGUCGUCUUCCGUACGUCUGUCUGCGAAACCUCACCAUCAAAGGCCUUUGGGCCCAUAGCCAUCCGCUUCUCUUCAACAACGUUCUCCUGUUCAUGCCAGAUCUUCGGUAUCUCACGCUAUGGGAAUGUGAGGCCACCAACUGGGUCCGUCUGCUGGAUGUUUACAAGACCGGUUUCGUGGUGUGUCCGGAGUUACAGGUCCUCACCUUUGACUGCGCGUUCGAUCCGGACGCUCACGAGAUGGGACAUUUCCUGGAUAUGGUCGCAUCCAGGGUGGCCAACAACUGCUUGCAACGGGUACAGCUUCUCCGCCGCAGUAAGGAGGAACCACAGGGUCAUUACCCUCCUGGAUUUGUGGAUGAGCUGCGGGUCCUGGUUGACGUGUCAUUCGUCCGUGCAGAUCCUCGUCGGUACAAUAUGACUGGGGAAGAAUUGGCAGAGAGAUAUGCUACGGCCACCGAUAUCAAUGACUGGGCUUGGCAUGAGUCGUGUCGUUCGUGGUAG